AUGGACCCUGUCAACACAUUGUACUUCAUUAUGUUAUUUUCUCCAAAACUCCAAAUGGAAAUAAUAGACCUACAGGAAGAUGUUUCCUUGAAGCAGUACAGAAGUGCGUCAACUGAAGAAUUCUGGGCUAAAGAUGCCAUUGACAAGUAUUCAAAUUGUAAGCAACUGGCAAUCAACUUGGCUACGAUGUUUGGUUCGACAUACAUUUGUGAGGCAUCGCUUUCAAAAAUUAAUUUUUUGAAAAACAAAUAUCGGACAAAAUUAACAGACUCUCACCUUGAGGACACAUUGCGCAUAAGCUGUUCCCCAUGA